CAUUGGAUCAAGCUCUUAUUCGCGGAUCAUUACAACGGUUUGUUAACGGGACAGAGUACAUAAAACAUUGUAGUUCCUUGAACUGAAAUAAUCAUUCAUUAGACAAACUUUCUUCAAUUGCAGUGACAAACCAACAUUACUCUACUUUUGUUGUGCAUCCUUCGUUUGCACUAAGGAAUCAAAUGACAUUCCCUCCUUCCUGCAAAGCGGGACAAUGACAUUGUAGGUGGAAGAUAAGUUACCAACUCCAAAUUAUCACGCUCUUCCAAUUUCGUCUUGAUUUCCAGAACCCAUUUCUCCGUCUCUAAAUCAAUCACCCGCAACUCGUUCUUCGAAAUCUUCGAAUUCAUGGCGCACCCCGCGAACAGCUUGCCGUCCUUCCAUAGCCCUGGAACCGCAGCCAAGUAAUCGAAUCAACAGGGAAUCCCUCCACCUUGUACAACCUGACCCAAGAACACUUCCCUUCCGCCAGAGCAGCGUAGCUCAGCGUUGCCCACACCUCCCAAACCGUCCCCUUCCAGACUUCAAUUCUGGACGAAAUCGCCACCAGGCACGACUCUUCUUUAACCAUGUGGAAAGAAUGUCUCGCCCGAAAGAAAUCCGCGACCCGAUCUAUGGGCACGGGCAAUCGCAGCUCCGCGAACGCUUCCUUGCCCAUGUCGAAUGUGAAAAGGGCCAGACGAUUGCCGUAAUAAUAGGGCGAGAUCCAGUGGCAUCUAGCCGACGACGACGAGCAGCCGAGCGACUGGACGGCGUCCAAUUCGCGGCCGAGCGUGUCCGGCGCGGACUUGAUUUUCCUGUACGAAUUUCCACCCAGGCUGUACACCAGAAACAGAGUGUUCUUCUGGGUCGGUGACGAAAUCAAUCUACGGGGCUUGUGUUCAACGGCGGGGAGCGAGACGAGUACCUUGUAGUCGCUCGUCGCCGGGUCGAAGCCGAACCCGAUCGGGGAGACGAAGCGGCGGCGGAGGCGGCGGAGGGAGCGCGGAAUCGAGGGGAGCGUGUGGGUUUCCGAGCUCGUCGGAUUCCACAGGACGAUUUUGCCCUCGAUCCUGCCAUCGCCAAGGCAGACGAUCCCGCCGGCGCAGCCCGCGACGAACGAGUCGGCGGGCAGCGAGCCGGAGGAGAGGAUGCUGAGGUCGCUGGAGGAGUGGGUGGUGUACGAGGCGGAGUGGGUGAUCAGGAACCUGGCCGCGGAUGGCAGCGGCGACGUGAUGGAUUUUUUGAUGAUUUGGGGGUCGGAAAGGAUGCGCCGCCACGAUCUGCUGACGCAGCGGCUUCGUCCGACGGCGGAGGGCGUCGGCAGCUUGGACAGGAUUUGGGUCAUCAGUUCCUCUGGCAACCACUCGUCGAAUUGCCUUCUUUUCCCGUCGCCGGUGGACAUCUUUGGAGAGAUCGGAAGAAUCAGAUUUGAGUAAUUAGGUUUACGGUCAGCGGCGAUCAUGUUAUUUUAUUUAUUAAAAUCGCUAGCUUUAUUAGUCUGUGAUCAGCAGGUAUUUGGGCCGGCCCAGGCCCAAGAAUAACGGUGUAUGUAUAUGCCGCCAGCUUGUAUUGGUUGAACCGAUUCACUCACUAGGUGGUUUCGGGUCGUAAUCGAACCCGGAUUUGCGGCUGUGAAUGAGCCGCCGGCUGGCCAUUGACUGCGUUUUUGAAACUUCCAAUCCGCAAACUACGCUCGCUCUCUUCCCUCUCAAUCGCCAAACGCCGGUACAAAAUCCAUAUGUACUGCCAGCAUCUCCGAAGAGCCUUCCUGAAUUCAACCCGAACCGGCGCCGCCGCCGAUUCCCGCCGCCGAUUCCUCCCCCGUAACUUCUCAGAUUCGCUGCCGAAGGAGGAGAGUAUAAUGGUUGGCGAAAGUGAGAAAACGGAAAUUACUCGGGUUCUGUUCUGCGGGCCUUAUUUUCCUGCUUCUCAUAACUAUACCAGAGAUUACUUGGCUAAGUAUCCUUUCAUUCAGGUUGAUGAUGUUCCUCUCAGUGAAGUGCCCGAUGUCAUAGCUAAUUACCACCUCUGCGUGGUGAAAAACAUGCGGCUGGAUUCAAAUGUCCUGUCGCGGGCGAAUCGGAUGAAGCUGGUGAUGCAGUAUGGUGUGGGGCUUGAAGGUGUGGACAUUGAUGCUGCUACGAAAUGUGGGAUCAAGGUAGCUAGAAUCCCCAGUGAUGUGACUGGAAAUGCGACAUCUUGUGCAGAGAUGAGUAUAUAUCUGAUGUUGGGUCUUCUGCGUAAGCAGCAUGAGCUUGAAACUGCAGUGCAGCAAAAAAAGCUUGGAGAACCAAUUGGUGACACUUUAUUUGGCAAAACGGUAUUCAUUUUGGGAUAUGGAAAUAUAGGGAUUGAGUUGGCUAAGCGAUUGAAGCCAUUUGGUGUGAGAAUUAUUGCCACAAAGAGGAGUUGGGCCCUGCAUUCCAAUGGUAAUAGUGCACCACCUCAAGGUGGCAUUGUUCAUGAUUUGGUUGACGAGAAGGGUAGUCAUGAAGAAAUUCACGAGUUCGCUGGCAAGGCGGACAUAGUUGUUUGCUGCUUAUGUAUGAACAAAGAGACAGUAGGUAUAGUAAACAAUUUAUUCGUAUCUUCAAUGAGAAAGGGUUCCCUUUUGCUAAACAUUGCUCGAGGAGGCUUACUAGAUUACUCAGCUGUUUUCGACCACCUUAAGUCGGGACACUUGGGUGGCUUGGGCAUUGAUGUGGCAUGGACCGAGCCUUUUGAUCCAAAUGAUCCGAUUCUAAAGCUCAACAAUGUCAUCAUCACUCCUCAUGUAGCAGGGGUUACAGAACACUCGUACAGAUCCAUGGCUAAGGUUGUUGGAGAUGUUGCCCUUCAACUCCAUGCAGGGGAUCCUUUGACUGGCAUCGAGUGUGUGAACUAACGGACACAUACGACUGAUGAAUGCUUUCCAAUUAUCUCUAAAGCAUCACAGGGGGGUUCGCCCAGAGAGUUGAACCUGUGCGGUUAUCAUUUGCAUUUCAUCGCCUUUCAGCCUGAAAAAUGACCCAUGAGAGGGAUGUAAUAAGCCCACAUGGUGCGUCGUGGUUUCCUCGACUGAGAUUAGAUUCUCAGAAGCAGAAAACCGGACAUGGAAACCAGUGUACACCAACAAGUUUUGAUCUUUAUAGUACACUGUCAUCAUUGCACUUGACAGUAUUGCAGUUGACCAUCCACUGUGAUCCCUUUUGAAAGAUGGCAA